AUGACAAUCAUUAAUUCACUUUUUUCAAUGAAUAUCCAAGCAUUCUCUGAUGUUUCCAAAUCAUCAUCUAUAAAUAUUAAUAAUAGUGGAAGUUCAUUACCUUUUAUGAAACAAACAAAUAAUAUAAUAAGCCAAACUGAUUAUUUCAAAUACGAAAAAAUCAAUGAUGGAAAUCGUCCAGCCGUAGUCUAA